AUGGCGGUUUGGGGCAUAUCCUUGUUGAUUCUGUCCUUGACGUUUCUGAUCCACCGACACCCACCCAACACAUGGCGCCUAUCAUGGACCCUCCUUCCGCCUCCCGACUCGAAACAAAUCAAGGCCGCCCUCGAAGAACACGAUGAGAAGGAGAAGAGCCAGGACAAGCAGGAAAAGAGCGACGACAAGGCUGGAGUCAAGGACAGCCCAGAAGUCAAGGUUGAAGAGGAAGGUGACGACCAAAAGACUCCGCAAGCGACGCCUGCCACUCCCUCGAUGGCCGUCCCAGAAUUCAACCUCGACUCGUCCNNAACACGACCAACGACCCUACGCCGCCUCCCUCCUUCCCAGCAGCAAACUCUCAACAACGCGCCAUGCCCCCACCUCCAAAACCCUCCUCAAAACCCUNNCACCNNAGCGCCAUCCUCUCUCAUGCCACCACCCUCGUUCCCAGCCCCCAACUCUGCUCAACGCGCCGACAACUCUUCCUCUCUGAUGCCACCUCCCUCACGACCAACCCGCUCAAGUCUCGGUGUGCCUGCCAUCCCAGCCAGACAACCACCACUCUCCGCCGCCGCUCAAGCCCGCGCUCCGCCCCCACGCAUCGAUACGCCCAAAUCUUCUUCCAGCAAAGUAAAACUCGCUCCCGGUUACUCUCCCUUGGACUGGGCCUCGUUAGCCUCAUCCAAGAACCUGUCCAAUGUGUCUUCUUUUACUCGGGUCACGCCUUCCAUGCUGGCAGAAAAGAAUGGCAGAAAAGGGAAUAAUGCUUGGAGUGUCUACAACGGCAAGGUGUAUAAUAUUACUCCUUACGCGCCCUUCCAUCCUGGUGGGAAGGGUGAGUUGUUAAGGGCUGCGGGUAAAGAUGGCACCAAGUUGUUUAUGGAGGUCCAUCCUUGGGUCAAUUGGGAAGGCAUGUUGAAUUCAUGUCUUGUUGGUGUUAUGGUUUCUGAGAGUGAGGGCGAGGGCUUGGAUGCCAUGGAUUGA